GGAUAUAGCAGUCGUAGGGCACUAGCGUAUAAGAGCGCUAGGACGUGAGGCGUCCUUCAUCACCGAAGCCCCUAUCUCAUCAUCUACCUCUACAAACUCUGAACCGACGCGCUUUUCCGCAAUGAACGUGUUCUGUGUCGGUGGCUCCCGUAACAUCGGAUACCACGCUUCCAUCCGUCUCCUAAACGCGGGCUACAGCGUAACGUUCUUGUUGCGUUACCCAUCCUGCUUUGACAAGAAUGAGACGAUCCAGCGCUUUGUCGCUUCCGGCAAAGCGAAGCUUGUGAAAGGCGAUGCCCUGAACCAAGACGAGGUUCGUGCAGGCUGGGAAGCGGCAGGGGGUAUCGAUGUCGACCUGCUCCUCUUCACGCUCGGCGGCAUCCCCUCCUGGAACAUCCGCAAGGGCGCGGUGAUCACCCCUCCCGACCUUUGCACGCGAUCCCUCGCCAACGUUCUCCGCGCCGCUCCUCCGCAAUCUCCACCCAAGCUGAAGGUCGUCGUUAUAUCCUCGACCGGUGUUACGAAAACCUCGCACAAGAACCUCCCGUGGACCCUUCGUCCUAUGUACGGCUACCUCCUCCGGCAGCCGCAUGACGACAAACUCGGCAUGGAGCGUGUGCUCGCACAGACUGCUGGUAAACCAUGGACGGUCGAGGAACCCCCCUCCGACGUUCUUCCGUCCGACGGUUCAUGGAAGAACGACUUGCCCUCGACGGGCGCCAUUGCGAGCACGGUGGUCGUGCGCCCUGCACUUCUGACAGAUGGUGCGUGCACCGAGAAGUACCGUUCAUCUGUCGGCGACCAUGGCAAGGGCUUCACCACUGUAUCAAGGAAAGACGUUGCCCACUACGUGGCGGAAAACCUCAUCAAGAACUGGGAGAAGUGGGAAAACCAGAUCGUCAGCGUCGCAUACUAA